GACUCGUCUCUACCGCUACCGUUACCAAUUCUCGGGCUAUUCUGCAGAGCUUCGAGAUUUCCACAUGUACAUUGACUCUACGCAACACAUGAAACUUUUCUUCUCUGACGGCGACCCGAAUAUUUUAAUCUUAAUCCUUCACCUGCUCGGAAGUGCAAAUAACUGAAAUUCAUCGAUCCUACUAGAAUCCUUUAAACUCAAACAAGAGACAUCAGGACACUCAGAGCAAAGGUCAUAUAAGAAGGCACGACAAGAAACAAAAAAAAACAGCUUUGUAACUGUUAACCUUGGUCCAUCCGGGAUGGCCAAGAAGAAGAAAACGCAGCUCAAACCGGUCGCGCGCGGGUUCGCGACGACUUCGGUUCCAAAGAAAGCUGUGGAGCCAUUACCAGAGCCUGAGAAGUCCACAGAAGAUGUGUGUGAAGGCCCUUCAAAUGCCCCAGCAGAAGCGACGUCGUCGACUGUCGGCACACCUACGCAACCGAAGUUAGAAGACGUCGACUUGUCCAAGUCUAAGACGCAGCCCUUGCAAGACCUCGUUGACAGGUAUCAAGAUCGGGUCGAGAAGGAGAUCGUGAGGACUGUCAAGGCAAUUGAGCAGGAAAGGCGGUUCUCUAGCACAUUGACGGACUUGAGCUUGGACACUAUCCUUAUUGACCAAAUUCUUGCUUUGGUCUUGGACGAGGAAUCGCGCAACUCCGAGAAGAAUCAAGCCACACUUGAGGAGCCGGAAGAGAAGGCCCUUCAGCGUCUGGCCAUCACUUACGGUGUACUCAGACGCCUUGGAUUCACGGAGGACAGAGUAAUUGAGUGCUUGCGGCGGAUUUCUGGCGUUGAUCUGGAUGAAGCUACUGAAUGGCUUCAUGUUCAUUGCAGCGAAGACGAAUUGGGUUUAAAGCCUCCGUCUCCCGGAGCAGACCUGGAACCAUCCACUUCCACUUCAACAUCCAGGAUUACGCAGCCUAAUCAACGAAUGAAUAGACGACACACUUCCUGUGCGUCUACUCAGAUAUCCACCUCCCCACCAACCACUCCAACUACUCCGAAUGGACAUAGAUUCCGUCUUGAUGUGAAUGCUGCUACAUUCGUACCGUCACUCAAAGCCAGCCCAGUAUCCUCGCUUUACGAUGUCUCACCGAAUCCCACGGACAGGCCUCUCGAACCACCUGCGUUCGAAGAGGACAGGACGUCCACGUCCAGUAGCGGGGCAUCUCUUGACUUGCCCUACGAUGAUCCAACUACGGCAUAUGUUAAGGUCAAGAUGCAAAUUGCAGACUUAACUACCCACAGAAGAGUAGGAGCACCAAGGCAUGACGUUUCGUUCUUGCAGGAGCUACGCAAAAGGCUAGAAGAGAUUAAGAAUGAUUAUCUGUUCGACGAGCGAGAAGCUGAAGAUGCCUAUCUGACUGAACGCAAGAAAGUUGAUACGGCAGCUCUACAGUCCCGCUUACGAGGGGAGAUGCCUUCCCUACCAACUGAGAAGCCACCAAGCAAGCCUCCGUUAACACAAUCGCUCCCAUCCACACCACCCCCUGGGUCGCCCGAUAUAUUCGAUGCCGAAGAAGACGAGGCUUCUGCAGGCGGAAUAUUUGGUCUUUUGGAAGCAAUGCCUGACAGUGAGAUAUCAGAAACUGGCAGUACAAUUAUCGUUCGCGACAUGUCACUUCCGAAACAUUUCUCUGGACGAACGCCAAAGCAUUUGCUCCAAGAGUCUGUGCACAAGUCUGAUCGAUUCGCCGUCAUCAGUUAUCGAUGUGCUUCUGGAAGUAGUCGUGCCAAACGAGCGGCUGUAUUCAUUCGCUGGGGAGGAGAUCGUGUGAAGGAGUGGGUCAUGGAGGAUAUAGCAUGUCACGACAUGUUCCAGGCUGAACAUUACAUAUCGACUGUCGCCCUGCAUUCUAUAACAUUCCCGUCGCUGGAAGGAUUCUCUCUAGGUGGUACAACCGCUGCAAGUACUCAAACGUCAUUCAGAUUAUUACCUCCUAUAUUCCGUGACCUCUGGAAUGAGUUGGAAGAGGAGAGGAGAGCUGACGAUGAUGCUUUCAACCGAAAUGUGUGGGCAAAACUGAAGGAGUUACUACAGCUCAAACUCCGCGUUGACAUGGAGUCUGGCCCGAGGGCUCCUAGGCAGACUUCCGAUGUGAAGGAGACCACGGGAUACCGUAGAUACGGCCAAACCGAACUAACCUCCGAGCAGAUAGCAGCCGGAUUCAAUGCACGGUGGGAGAGCCCAGGAUACCAAGAAAUGCUGCCCCAAAGGAACAAGCUGCCCAUUGCAUUAUACCGCAACGAGAUUAUCAACGUGUUAGAGACAUCUCAAAUACUCGUUUUGAGUGGCGAAACUGGAUGUGGUAAAUCUACUCAGCUGCCAACUUUCAUACUGGAGGAUCAACUCUCGAGAGGGAAGCAUUGCAAGAUAUACUGUACAGAGCCUCGUCGUAUCUCCGCUAUUUCUCUUGCCCAACGUGUUUCCGCUGAGCUUGGCGAACCAGCCGGUUCCGUUGGCACAGUAGGCUCGUUGGUGGGGUAUUCCAUUCGGCUCGAAAGCAACACGUCGCGCACCACGCGAUUGGCCUUCGUGACCAACGGUAUCGCUUUGCGAAUGCUCGAGGGCGGAUCCGGGCAAGAUGGGCAAGGGACAGCAUUCGAUGAGAUCACACACAUUAUUAUAGAUGAAGUUCACGAGCGGACGAUUGAAUCUGAUUUCCUUCUCAUUGUCCUCAAGUCGCUCUUACAACAACGGCCGGACCUGAAGGUGGUUCUUAUGUCAGCAACUGUCGAUGCCCAAAAGAUCUCAAACUAUUUUGGUGGAUGCCCAAUGUUGCUUGUCCCAGGGCGAACGUUCCCGGUAGAUGUACGCUACCUUGAAGAUGCGAUCGAGUUCGCCGAGUGGAAGAUCACCGAAAACUCGCCGUAUGCGAGACGUGGCGAUAAGUACAGUCGAGGAAAAUUGAAAUUCGACUGGUCCGAAGACACUGCACCAGCCGAUGAUGACGACGAAGAAACCGCCCAAGACAAUGUCAAGCUCGAGAAGCGGUAUUCGUCCAGCACUGCAAAUACGCUUAAUCUGCUGGACGAACGCUUAGUCCCUUAUGAUCUCAUUGUUCGACUGCUUGAGAAGAUUUGUCUGGAGGGUUCAUCUUAUACCACGUACUCUUCCGCCAUCCUUGUAUUCAUGCCCGGAAUGGGAGAAAUCCGUCGAUUGAACGAUGUGUUAUUGGAGCACGCGAUCUUUGGUUCGGAAGCCCUCUUCAAGAUCUUCCCUUUGCACUCCACAAUAUCCAGCGAACAACAGGGAGCUGUAUUUGACAUUCCCCCUCCUGGCAUUCGCAAGAUUGUGAUUGCGACAAACAUCGCAGAAACUGGUAUCACCAUUCCUGACAUUACAUGUGUCAUAGACUCUGGCAAGCACAAAGAAAUGAGGUUUGACGAAAAGCGACAAAUCAGUCGGCUAGUAGAGACUUUUGUGGCGAAAAGCAAUGCCGCUCAGCGUCGCGGACGAGCGGGACGUGUACAACCCGGCCUUUGCUUCCACCUGUUCACCAAAGUUCGACACGAUACCAAGAUGGCGGACCACCCUGAUCCUGAGAUGAUGCGGUUGAGCCUCAGUGACCUCGCCCUGCGCAUCAAGAUCAUGAAGGUCAAACUUGGGUCUUCAAUCGAGGAUGUCCUUUCGCGUGCUCUCGAUCCUCCAUUGUCAGUGAACAUACAGAGGGCUGUUUCGGCGUUGGUUGAGGUCCGAGCUCUAACACCGAGUGAGGAUAUCACGCCUAUGGGUCGUCUUCUCAGCAAACUACCAACAGACGUUCACCUUGGAAAGUUCUUGUUGAUCGCGUCUGUGUUCCGGUGCCUCGAUCCAGCAUUGACAAUCGCGGCGACACUCAACUCGAAGUCACCUUUUGUCGCACCAUUUGGACUGGCUGAUGAAGCUCACCGUGCUAAGCUCUCAUUCAGAACGGAAAACUCAGACUUUUUGACAAUCCACAAUGCUUUCUCAACUUGGCGCAAUGCCUGUAACAAUGGUGUGGCUCGCAAGCUUUGCAGGCAGAGUUACCUCAGCCACCAGAAUCUGCAACAAAUCGAGGAACUCAGGCAGCAAUUUCUUGGGUACCUGGUGGAUUCUAAUUUCUUACAAGUUGACAAAGCUUUUGUCCGAGAACUCAGCCGGACUCGCUACAGUCGUGGUCGCCCUCGUUUCGUCCUGGUUCCUCCCGAGUAUGAUCGAAAUUCAAACAACGUGUUCAUGGUGAACGCAGCAUUAGUUGCUGGUCUUUACCCAAAGGUCCUAGCUGUGGAUCCGGCAAGGGGCGAGAUGCGUACGAUCACGAAUAAUCAAACCGCGUCGUUCCAUCCGUCGUCAGUGAACUUCCACAGAAGACCGAAAGAUUUCGGUGUGAAUCACUUAUCAUACUUCACACUGAUGCAAUCGAAGAAGCUCUAUGCUUGGGAAACCGGCCCUGUGGACGAUUUGGCUUUGCUCCUGCUGUGUGGGGAAGCGGAGUUCAAGUUCCGCAUCGAGCCGAAGGCAAGCGUUGCUUUGAAGUUCCUUCGAAAUCAACUAGGACAGCUGUUGGCCACGCAGUUCCGUGCAAAGCCAUUGACGGAAUCUCAAGUAUUAUGGAGCGAAAUGGCCAUGAAGGUUUUGGGCAAGGUGAAACCCAAGGACCCUGAUGCGAAGCAGGAGACAGUUACUGUGGUGGUUAAUAGACCAACCUAGAGUAGACUCUUAGACUUCCAUUCGAAACACCUUUGACUACCUGGCGAAAACGAUGGAUUUCGACGAAUCACACAUUCAGAAGGGUCCGUAGAAGUACAUGUCAUGGAUGAACGCAUAGAAAUGCAUGAAUAGAACUACCCUACGACAU